GACUAAGUCAGAGCGGCAGGAAAUCGGACGCAGGCGAAUUACCGCUUGUCUAGUGCCGGGCGGCUCACUAAUUUUUCUUGUACCCGAGAAACAUGACGCCGGAGAAGCGACCCGCAGAGGACGAGGAGGAGCAGGAGGCUAAGAAGUUGAAGGAAGACUCGACGGCAGCAGUGAGCGAGGCGGCACAAGAUGAUACCAGUCAAGAUAGUGUAGGAUCUGACUCGACCUCAUCCACUGACCCCGAGAAAAAGAGACUCAGUCUUCCGGAGCACCGAGGCACUGUUGUAUACACAGGAUGCACACAGUGGGAGUACAUUGGUCGCAGGAACUUGAAGGGCAUCCCGGCCAUGCUACACCAUGUGCCACGGCGUCUUGCUGCAUUCCGGGGCAUUCGUGUGGCGUACGUGGCGUCACACUGCUCUGCUGCCCACACCAUCGUCAUCAGUGAGGAAGGCAAAGUGUUUUCUCUGGGCCGCAAUGAGAAGGGCCAGCUGGGCAUUGGUGACACAGAGGUGCGGGCUGGCGUCAACCCCAUGGACACAAUGUCAGAGUUCACAGUGGUGGCAGCAGCAGUAGGACGCAAUCACACACUCCUUCUGACAGACCGAGGCUCUGUGUUUGCCUGCGGGGACAACAAAUCGGGCCAGUGUGGCGUGGGGAACACCACCGCUGUCCUCCACACUCCCUCCAGAAUCAGCUUUAAGGAAGGAAAAGUUGUCAAGGUGGCUUGUGGGGCAGAGUUCAGCAUGAUUGUGGACAAGAAGGGCUAUCUGUAUUCCUUUGGCCUGCCAGAGUAUGGCCAGCUGGGACACAACACUGAUGGCAAGUUCUUCGUUACUAGCAACAAACUGUCAUUCCAAUACGAGCGUGUGCCCCGGCGAGUGCCAAUCUUUGUGGAGCGCAGCAAGGACGGUCACCCAACACCCGUCACCGAUGUGCAGAUUGUGGACAUAGCCUGCGGGAAUAACCACACUGUUGCCGUGGAUGCCAAGAAGAGGCCCUACUCAUGGGGCUUUGGUGGGUAUGGCAGACUGGGUCAUGCCGAGCCUAAGGAUGAGUACAUCCCACGCCUCAUCAAGUAUUUUGAUGGACACAAUCGUGGUGUGGAGAAGGUGUUCUGUGGGUCCACCUUCACUAUUGCCUGUAGUGCCCUUGGGGUGUUCCUGUGGGGUCAGACCAAGCGCACCGGUGAAGCCAACAUGUACCCCAAGCCACUGCAGGACCUGUUUGGUUGGGAUGUGCGCGCUGUGGGCUGCUCCACCACCUCCAUUGUGGUGGCUGCCGAUGACAGCGUCAUAGCCUGGGGACCCUCACCAACCUACGGGGAGCUGGGUCUUGGAGAGAAUGUGAAGUCAAGCACGCAGCCAAAGGAGGUGAAGACACUGGAGGGUGCCCAUGUGGAACAGAUCACCUGUGGUAUGGGACACACAGUGAUGCUGGUGAGGGACGAGACAGAGCAGGACAAGGAGAUCCUGGGCCGGUUGAAGGAGAUCACUCUUUAAGUUGGCGCAUCACUGUCUGUCUGACAAGAAGUGUUGGAUUCACUCAAGCGUUUGCGAAUACUUUUGUCCAGUUUGUAUGUAAUUCUUAAGUGUCAGGAUUGUUUUUUUUUUUUUUUUAUAUUUAUUUAUCAGUAAUCUUAUAUGAUUAUGUAAGGUUUAGAUGCUAUGUAAAAUUGCAAUAACGAAUAAUGACCUAUUUAUUUUUACAGAACAGAUAGGUGAAGUACUAAUUCAUAUUUUUUUGUGUCAUUUAUUUAUGAACACAAGAUUUCUGUAUAAUUUAAUUUAUAUAAAAAUAAUUCAUUGUGUAACACUGAUCACAUGAGAUGUUUUAGUGCAAACCAACUUGAGGCUGGAGUGAGCAGCAGAGGACCCCUAGAAAGCAGCGACCUCCACCUACGGUCAGUGAAUGCUGCAGUGGAGGUCGGCACUGUCACUCACUGAGCAUAAUGUUUCCAUAUGCCUGUAGGAAAGGUAUACUGUAGCAGUGAUGAUUUAAGGGGUGUGGUUAUUAGGAAUUUGUACCUUUCUCCCCACUGAUGGUGCUGAACCUGCUAGGACGGAGGAGGAAUUGGUGACUAACUAAGCUCUCUUGCUGUGAAAUGGUAGCAGAAAAGUUAGAGCAAUAAAGUAGGGAAGUAUUUCAACAAUAACAUGACUAUUUUUUACAAUGUCAUGGUGGUUGCAAAAAAAAAGAUUGUCUUAAAAGAGUUAAUAGUUACUUGUAUUUAUUUUUUGUAGUCAUCCAAUUUGAUGUGAUUUGCUGUAUCAAGAAAGCUAAAUAUAUUCCAAUAUGAACAAAUUAAAAACCUUAGAAUGCUAGAAUGCAGACAUUGGGAGUAAAAAAAUUACUUAGUAUGGAAACAGAUAAGAAUGUAGUUUUCUUUUUACUAUUGCAUUAUAACCAGUACAAGCUUAGUUUAUAUACAUGAGUUUCCAGUAAUUAAUAGUGUUUUUUAUACUCGAGUACUUGAACAAUAAGUGUGACUCAGACAAUAAUUGAGAUACACAAUGUAAUGUUACCUCCACAUGUGUUUUGUUUCAGGUGUGUGCUUAUGUUCAGGAUCAUUCCUUGUAUUAGUAUUUCAAAGCAUCUUACAAAUACAUGAAGUACUAACACUGACUUUGCAUCAUUGAGCAGUGGAACAUUGUGACAGGAGGAUAUUCAAAAUGUACCUUUUUCCAUUUGAGUAAAAAAAAAAAAAAAUCUAACUAACCAACUGCAAACACAUUCCAGCUAGAUAUUAUAUACCUCACUGAAGUGUAAGCCUUUUGCAUCUCACUACUGAAGAUAAUAAAUUUUUGAACAUUGCUACAUAUUUCAGACAAGCUCUUUUUGUUUUUUUUAUGUGGUCCAGUGUCUGCUUGUAGGAAAGAUUAAUUGCUGACACUUCAUGCACCACUCAGUGCUAGAGCCCCAGGGAGUUACUGAAGACGGGCAGGGAGACAAAAAUAAUUUUCAUCAGCAUAGGCUAAUGUCAAAGGUUAGCUUAAUGGUAAUGACAGUUAAAGUACAACUCUAUUUUUUUGCUUUGAAGUUACAGUUCUCAUAACCUUCUUGUCCAUGUAAUCUUUUAGCAUUCAAGGUGUCGACUCUCGAUAGUAGUAUCCCAAUGAAAACAAAUGGAAUAUGAGAUGCCAUGUUUGUGAGGAGAAUGGAGAGCCACACUUUAGGUGGUAAUAUUCCUGCAAUGAGGUGGUCAUCCUCCUGGUGUGUAUAGUUAGACUGAUGACAGACCCAGAAACACAAGCUUUUUCAUGAUUGCAUAGUGCAUAACUGAUGGAAUAUGUCCCUGCUGUGGGCUGCUGCUGUGUUACAUGGCAGAGAUAUCAUAAUGCACAGCCUUAGUCACACACCAUGAAUUCUAAUGUUAUAUUGCCUGCCAAAGCCAAGAAGAAUGUGAAGGCAGUGGAAUAUGAGGCACUAUCCCUGAGUGACGCAUAGAUGUGUUAUAUGUAAGAUAUUUUUGUCUGUGGUAGAGACUGCAUAAUCUGAGGAGGACAUUUGUAGGUAAUGUUAGACUGACUAGUGAUUGGACUGGGUAAUUGGAGGUGCUUGAAGUAUGCCUUUUUCAAACAUUGCUUAAUGACCAUUUUUAUCUUUGGAGUUAUAUUGUGGAAAUUUGUUAUGGUAAUAGGGUUAUUGGUAUCUUAUUAUAGUGUAGAAUUUAUGAAAGUAUUGUUUUGAGUAUGAAAUGCUUGUAGUUUUGAUUUGAAAGAGGCAUAAUUAAUAAUUGAGGCAAUGCUUUGGAAAAACAUACAAAGGAACUUGAGGGUCUGUCCAGGAAAUGUUAUGUACCUGAUUUAAAUUAAUUUUUCAUUACUAUGAAUGGGUGUGAUGUACCUACUCAUGAUUCGUUCACUUGGAGGUGAGUGAACGAGGGGAAAAUCAAUGGGUCUGUAUGUUCCUACAUUUUUUUGUAGUGAUUGCCAUCACCUGUCCAAACACAAGUACGUGUGUGUGUUACAAUCAAAGUUUGUGAAUUGUUGCCCUGCUGCCUCUCCCUCACAUGUACCUCGGCAGUGACAAGCUGCAGACACACCUUCCAGGAAGUCUUGUUGGAAACAUUCACCUGGCCUUGCUCAAAUUGACUGCUAUAUCCUUAGUGCACUUCUGUAUCUCUUGCCACAAUAGAAAUCUUGUGUAAACUAAUGAUUCUCAUUGGCAAUGGAUGUAAAAAGAGGGAUAAUGGCUGGUUGUCUAUACUCUGCAAAAUGUUGGCUUUGUGGUUGAGAAUUUUGUCACUACAGGAAAUGGCUGAUGUAGAUACAAAAAUCUUACUAUCAAACUUUGUAAUGGACAGAAAUCUGAAGAACAGCAAGAGACACAGAAGACUAGUUUAUAGUGCACAUGUUUUCCAUAGUACUUCCUGAUGCCAUUGUAACUCUGUAGUACUUAAUGACUGGGCAGUGGUUAAAUCAAGCCUCAAACAUUUAUUAUUCAUAGCUACUAGCAUUAACAAAUUUGGGAACAAACACAUUCACUUAAGAGUUUUUGCAAAAUGAACACCGGUGAGUCUGAUAUUAGGAAGUGCUUGUGACAGUUGGAUGCACAGUCACACUCACACUCAAGCCUUCCUAUGUUGUCACAAAUGCAUUUUGGAAGAGGGGCAGAUUUUACUAAUGGAUUUAUUACACAGAACAAGGUCAUCAAGUCUGGGUUAUUGUUAGAAUUAGUCGUUUAUAUACAAAGCACCCGAGAAUUUCGGGAUGUUCUGGGUGAGGAGCAUUCACUCACCGACUAGUGUGAAAUAGAACCUUAGAACCAAAACAAACAUUACCUCACAGUACAUUGGUAACAAUCUCCUGUGCCAGAGAGAGAACACUUGAGACCAUAAUGCUGCAGUGAAUGUCUUGUAAUAAUGAAUAGAUAAAUAAAAAGCUUUACAAGAAAUUCAAGCAUCAGUAUUUUGCUCAGGACUGAACCAGUAAGAAUAGAAACAAUAUAUUAUUAUCAUUAUUAUUAUUAUUAUUAUUAUUAUUAUUAUUAUUAUUAUUAUUAUUAUUAUUAUUAUUAUCAUCAUCAUCAUCAUCAUCAUCAUCAUCAUCAUCAUCAUCAUUAUCAUUAUUAUGAUACUCUAUACUACUACUACUACUACUACUACUACUACUACUACUACUACUACUACUACUACUACUACUACUACUACUACUUUUAAAGCAUUGAAAAAUCAGAACAACUUGAUAUGUUGUGUAUGUUGUAUAAUGUACCUAAUAACUUCAUUUUAACAUUUUUUACACAUGUAUGUAUUUACUACCAAUAGCUACUUAAUUUUGUGGGAAGGAUGUUGGGGUCACUUAGUCUUUUGAUAGUGAUUGUGUAAUGCAUAUCUCAGAACAUGUUCUAGAGAAACCAUACUGUAACUUGUAGUGGCUAAGGUAGCAAUUUUAAUUCACAAAGUCUUAUAUGGAAAUUGAUUGAAAUUUGCAUAUGCAGUGUCAAAAAAGUAUACAGGUUUUAAUUGAGUAUUCAAGUGCUGCUCAUUGCAGAAAUGUUGAUGAAUACAGACUGUCAUUUAAGUGUGUGUGUGUGUGUGUGUGUGUGUGUGUGUGUGUGUGUGUGUGUGUGUGUGUAUGAGUGCAGCUUUGGGUGUCACAGUGCUUGUUUGUUGCAAGGCUAAAGUCACCACCAGUUUGAAGAAUACCACGUGUCUCUUUGGCCUCGUAUGACUUGUAAUCCAGAGGUGAUUUCCUAUAAUGAGAUUGUUUUAAUGUUUUCCCUUUCAUGUGCAUCUCAAUCAUAUUAAUCUGAAUCUCCUUUGUAUAAUUUAAUGGUUCUGCUUUGAUACAUUUUGAGAUAGCAAAAUAGACCUCCUUUUCUCAGUUAUGUUCAUCUUUGUAUCCUGUAUUGGCCUCCUCAAUACAGCUAAUUUUCAAACUUUCACAUAAUUUUAGAUAAUCCUCUCUUAGUAACUUCUUGAGGAGUGACAAGCUUAGAUAUUUUUUUAUUCUUCCUCUUUUUUUUCUCUCGGUCUUCUUCAUGCAUUGGAAAAAUAAAAACACUCUUACUAAACUAUAAUUUUCAGUAAGUAAUAGUGUUGUGUGAUUGUAGACAUCUGGUACUACUUAUCCUACUUAUUUCACUAGUAAAUUCCUUGACAUCAUCUCUGUGUGUACAUGUGUGACUGGCCAAAAGGUGAGAACUGAAAACUGCACUCAUGUUAAGGAAACCAUGUAAAUUUGUCGCAUUAACCACAUAAAGAUCUCAGAUAUUCUUAACAAUGGAGGCUUAGUUGUUAUUAAAUAGUGUUGAAAAUAUGUAUAAUUUGGAGUGAAGAGUCAAAUAGAUAGAUGAAAAGGAAGUUGUGAAAUGUUUGAAUAGAGUGAUUUAAUGCAUAUGUAAAAGAUGCAGUGAGUCAGAAGUUUUCAGAAUAUCCCUGACCAUGUUUAUAGACAAAAAUGUAAUUAUAAUAUAACAAAAAUGUUUAAACAGCUUAAGUAACUUUUUUUUAGUGACAGUGGUGCCUUUGGAAAUAACAAAUGUAAAUUUGCAUCACAUUUUACUAAGGUUUAGAAGCCAGAGGACCAGUUUGUAAUAUGCAGUGGUACAUUUCAGAAUCACUAAACUUGUCACCACACUUAACAUGAGAAGACAGGAAGGUCAGUGUGUAAUUUUAUAGUGUGGCACAUUUCAGAAUCACUGUUAACUUGCAUCACAUUUUACCAAGCUGAGAACCCAGAGGGUUAAUGUGUAAUACUGUUUUGGUGAAGUGAAGUAACACAGUGAUCAAAGCAACCAUGUGUUCCUCACUAGAACCAGAGGCACCUUUGCAAAUAACUCAACUUGCAACACAUUUUACUUAGCCAAAGAGAAUCCAGAGGGUUGACGUGUAAUACUGUAGUGGUGGCCUGGAGUAACACAGGCAUCAGAGUGACCACCAGUGUUCCUUGCUAAAACCGUAACCCCUUCUUGUCGCCUCUUUACGUCAGACACUCCGCCUUGUCUCUGUAUAAAUGAUUCUCACGUGUUGAACGCCACUUGGGGUGAUUUUCUGCUUUAGAUUAUAUACUAGUUUUACUGAGUAACUUUUAGACUCGGCCUAGUGUAGGACAUAGGGUUAAUUUGUAUAGAGUACGCCGGUUCAGUUUGUACUCCUAGUGUCACGGAGAUAACAGAAAUGUAGUAUAUGUUUUUACAAGCAAUUUAUUUUUCUACCAUGUGAACAACUCAUGGGCACAGUUAAUCAGUAUUCCUGGAAUGAUUUGUGGUAUUAUAUCAAAAAGGUUUUGCAUUACCUCAAGCUUCAGGGCUCAUUAGUUAAUUGUGGGUGGUUUAUACUAUGAAUAGUUGAAAGUUUGUAUUUGAUAGAUGUAAGUCAGCCAUAGAUCACAGGUCGUCAUACUUUUUUGUGUCUUGAGAUGCUUGUUAAUUAAAUCCAUUUAUAUAAGAAGGUAAAUUUGAGAUACAAUUAAAGUUGAGGCUACAGCAGCAUCAAGAUC